GCAACACCGGAAGUACAUUUUCUAUUCGAGGACGAUUUUUCACUUGACUAACGUAGUAAUCGUAGCGUUUUGUUCGUCUCCUUUCCGUUUUAUCUCUUAGCACGAGACGUGAGCAAAAUGCAGAAGAAACAAAAGGAACCGAUCCAGUCCGUUCAAGUCUUCGGACGCAAGAAAAGCGCAACUGCAGUUGCCUACUGUAAACGUGGACGUGGAAAUCUCCGCGUAAAUGGCCGACCGUUGGAGCUGGUUGAACCACGUGUGCUCCAAUAUAAGUUGCAAGAACCCAUCUUGCUUUUGGGCAAGGAGAAGUUUGUAGGAGUUGAUAUCAGGGUGAGAGUAAAUGGUGGGGGUCAUGUGGCACAAAUCUAUGCGAUUCGUCAAGCUAUUUCCAAGGCACUCGUUUCUUAUUAUCAGACGUAUGUCGAUGAAGCUAGUAAAAAGGAGAUAAAGGACAUCCUUAUUCAGUAUGACCGUACUCUGCUAGUUGCUGACCCAAGGAGGUGCGAGCCAAAGAAAUUUGGAGGUCCAGGUGCCAGAGCACGAUACCAGAAAUCCUAUCGUUAAUAUCCACUUAUUACAGUUUAUUCAUACAAUUGAAUAAAAAAGAAAUAUAAAAUUUA